AUGUUUGGAGUAAAUGAAACAACUACAAAACUAAGGGUUUUUGUGGAACAAUCUGGUCAGCAGAAAUUCAUGAGUGAUGGUUCCUGUGACUUCAUUUUGAGAGAAAUCAGUGACUCUCAUAUCAAGGUAGAUGAAAAUUCAAAGAGUGACUGGGAAUUUGACAAAAGUGGAAAUAGAUUCAGACAGUAUUCGGUCUUAAAUCAGUGUAAGAAAAUGACCUCAAGGAUUGACUAUUUUCAGGAUAGUGAAUAUAGCAAAAGCUUUACUGAUCAGGUAAAGUUUCUUCAGUUCUGUGAGAAGACUCCUGAAAUGCACAUGUGUCAAGACAGUUCCACAUUUGCUAAGCAUAAGAGAAUCCACACUGGAGAGAAACCUUAUGAAUGUAAACAGUGUAGAAAGGCUUUCAGACACUGCUCUAGUCUUCGCAACCACUUGAAAAUCCACAUAGGAGAGAAUCUUUAUGAAUGUAAUCAGUACAGAGAGGUUUUCAUAAAAAGUUCCGAUCUUGCUGCCCAUCAGAUAAUCCACACUGGAGGAAAUCUUUAUGAGUAUUAUCACGGUGAAAAGGCUUUCACAGAGACCUCCAAACUUGUUAAGAAUCAGAGAGUCCACACUGGAGAGAAACCUUAUGCAUGUAUACAAUGUAGAAAGGCUUUCAGACAUAGCUGUAGUCUUCAGAACCACCUGAAAAUCCAUACAGGAGAGAAACCUUAUGAAUGUAACCCAUGUAGAAAGACUUUCACAGACACUUCCAUACUUACUGAACAUCAGAGUAUCCACACUGAAGAGAAAACUUAUGAAAGUAGUCAGUGUGGAAAAGUUUUCACAGGGAGCUCCAAACUUGCCCAUCCUAAAAUCCACAGUGGAGAGAAACGUUAUGAAUCAAAGAAACCUUAUGAAUAUAAUCAAUGUAGAAGGACUUUCACAGACACUUCCACAUUUGCUGAGCAUCAAAGAAUGCACACUGGAAAGAAAUCUUUUGCAAAGAGUUCCAAACUUGUUCUACAUCAGAGAAUCCACACUGGAGAAAAACCGUACAAAUGUAAACAAUGUGUAAAGGCUUUCACAGACAGUUCCACACUUGCUAAACAUAAGAGAAUCCACACUGGAGAGAAACCUUAUGUAUGUAAACAGCGUGGAAAGGCUUUCAGACACUGCUCUAGUCUUCGUAAUCACUUGAAAAUCCACAUAGGAGAGAAACCUUAUGAAUGUAAUUAA